AUUUUAUUUUAUUGUUCGGCCUCAAACAGCUCUUUUGCAGUAAAUGAAAUACACAUUUGUAUGAAAUACACCAACACAUUCAGUUGUACUAAGAAUUUGUAGGCGACUGACUUUGCCGCAUUUACCUCGCUGUCUGCAUUUUUUUUUUUUUUACUUUUUUGUUUUUCUUUAUCUGGUGAUUAUAUGUGUUAGCUGCGCCGAGUAACUAAUGGCGACAGAUGUAAAAACAACGAAAUUCUCAUUGACACAAUUUCAGUCAUAGGCAAUAAAUCUGUUUCAGAUUCUCUUCGUAUGAGCUUGAAAAUACGUGAUUUCGAGACUUCUUAUUGUAUUGUUGAUUUGUGUUGGCUACCCUGUUUGUUUCAACUGACGUGUCUGUACGCGAAAAGGUUUGAUAAGGAGGCGGCGAAGUAGUUGUAUUGUUGUUUAGCCAGGAAGGAAGAUGUUGGCGUUGGUUCUGGUGUUUCUUUUCUGCAAUUCCUUGUCCGCCGAAGUUAUAAACUGUAAAGGAUGUGUGCCUUUAGACUCCUAUUCAUUUGACAAAAUUAUUUCGAGGUUUAAAGCAUCAGUGAUAAAAUUUGAUGUUGCAUACCCUUAUGGUGAAAAGCAUGAAGAAUUUGCAAAAGUCUCCCAUGCUACCCAUGACAUUCCUGACCUGCUUAUUGGUGAAGUUGGUGUGAAGGACUAUGGUGAAAAAGAAAACUCUGAUCUUGCUGAACGUUUCAAAGUCACCAAAGAUGAUUUUCCAGUUGUGAAAUUAUUUCUGCAGGGGAAGGAAGAGCCAGUUACUUUCACAGACACAGAUUUCACUGCAGACAAUAUAAAGAAAUUCAUCCGCAAAUUUUCAGGAAUCCAUAUAGGAUUACCUGGAUGUUUGGAAACUUUUGACAAACUAGCAGCAAAGUUUUCAGAAACAAAUGAUAAAGAAGCAAAGAAAACAAUUUUGAGAGAAGCAGAAGAUGAGUGGGACAAGACAAAAGGUAAGGUAGAUCAGCAAAAAGCAGAAACCUACGUCAAAAUGAUGCGAAAAGCCCUGGAGAAAGGGGACGAGUUCAUUCCCAACGAAAUGAAGCGAGUUCAAAAUUUGGCAAAAGGCAAGCUGAGUAAAGAAAAGAAAGAGGAAAUGCAACAUCGACUUAAUAUCUUGCAGUCAUUCACACACGAUGAACUAUAAUAUCCUAUUCGGAUAUCAGCUAUCAGCAGAAAGACUGAGAUAAGGCAAACAUUCCAGCACAACAAAACAAGAAUGUGAAUAGUUUGGUUGAGUGACUUGUAUGUAUGACAGUAGUGAUAAAAUUAUGUGUAAACAUGGUACCACUCUUCAGAAAUGUUACUUGCUCAGUGGUGUAAUUAAAUUUUAAAAAGUUCUAUAAAAUUACCAUACUUUUAAAUCAUUGCUUUUUAUUGAUACAAAUUGUGUUCAGAAAGUUAUAUUGUAUAAGCUACCCAUAGCAUAAGCUAAAAGGUAAAUACUAGUAGGUAAUUUUGGUGCAAUACGGAAGAUGUCUCACCUUUUCAUGUUUCUUUAAAGCCAUAAACACAUUACACUUUUCCUUUUAAUUAUGGCCUGAUUUGUAUGUGUUUUUGCCUACUCUGUAUGUUUCCAUUACUGUUACGUGUAGCAGACUCCUACAAAGAUGGAAUGGUUGUGGUUUUGUUUUCAAGAACAUGUGUAUUUGCUGUUUAAUAUGUGCAAAUUGGCUGUUAGUUGUUUUUGUUGCAGUUUGUAUUUUUUAAAUACAAUGGAUUUAAAAGA